UACAUUUUCAUUUUUUAAUUUUUUUUCCAUAAUUAAGAGUUUUACUUGCUAGACAGUUUGGACUCUAAAGACUCCUCCGAACUCUAUAUAUACCCUCUCCUUCCUCAUCAUCAUCAUCAUCAUCACAACAGAUUAAUUAAUUUAUCACAAACAAUGGCUCCGAUCGCAGUUGGUGCUAAACUUCCCGAUGGCACUCUCCACCACUUCGACGCCGAAGAUCAGCUCCAAAGCGUGUCCGUACACUCCCUCGCCGCCGGCAAGAAGGUCAUCCUCUUUGGUGUUCCCGGUGCCUUUACUCCCACUUGCAGCACAAAGCAUGUACCGGGCUUCAUUGAGAAAGCAGAAGAGCUAAAAUCCAAGGGUGUGGCCGACAUCUUGUUGGUUAGUGUGAAUGACCCGUUUGUGAUGAAGGCAUGGUCAAAAUCAUUCCCAGAGACGAAGCAUGUUAAGUUCCUAGCAGAUGGGUCAGCAACAUACACCCAUUUACUAGGGCUAGAGCUGGACCUGUCGGACAAGGGGCUUGGCACUCGAUCUAAAAGGUUCGCUCUCUUGGUGGAUGACCUCACCGUCAAGGUUGCAAACAUUGAAGAUGGCGGAGAUUUCACUAUCUCCAGUGCUGAUGAUAUCCUCAAGGCUCUCUAAUUUCGUCGCCGCUUUCGUGUGCUAUAUCUCCACUCCAUCCAUCUCAUUAUGCAUUUAAAAAAGCCUUUUCGGCUGUGCUGUCUUUGAACAUCAUUUUAUUUAAAAUUUAUGUAACCUUAUGCUUCUAAUAAAUCUACUAUUUUGUUUCUUGUCUUGAAUGGGAAAAA